AAUCACGGUUUGUGGGAUCUCAGGACUCUACAAUCAGUCGCAGGAAGCUAGAAUGGAUUAAAGGAUUCGUGCAAUGGAGAUUUACCUACUUAAAAAAAAAGAAGUCUAUAUUUAUUAUUUAUUAUUAUGUUAAUUAUGGAAGCGCGCGCUGUUGGACCAAAGCUUUGUACAGUUCCGACUUCACUACUGUGUUCGGAAAGCAUGCCAUUUAUUGUGAGGAGCUGUUUAUUGUCGUAGUUCUUGUCUUUUUUUUUUUUGUCUGGGGUUUUUUUGAAGCUCCUUUACAAAGUGCACGUGAACGUCCGUGGUGUAACCGUACGGAGAAAUGCGCGCGAGCGCAGCAACGGUUCGGUUUAUCCGCCUGUGCGCGCUGGCUGUGUGUGUGUGCGUGUGUGUGUGUUCAGGAGAGGACGAGUCCUGCCAUGGAGCUUUUGAUUUAUACUUUGUCCUGGACAGGUCCGGCAGCGUGUCCACCAACUGGAGGGAGAUCUACGAAUUUGUAGAGCAGUUAACCAAUCGCUUCGUGAGCCCGAAGAUGAGGGUUUCAUUUAUCGUGUUCUCCUCGAGUGCAGAAGUCAUUCUCCCUCUCACUGGAGACAGGGCAGCUAUAGACGAGGGUUUGGAGCUCCUGAGUAAAAUCAGACCUGCCGGUGACACCUACAUGCAUGAGGGACUGAAAAAGGUUAUAGAGCAGAUGAAAGCUCAGAGCACAAAAGCCUCGAGCAUCGUGAUCGCGCUGACGGACGGGAAACUGUCCGUCUACCCACACGACCUCGCCGUGAAGGAGGCUGAUCUGGCGAGACAGUACGGAGCUCGUGUUUACUGCGUAGGAGUGACUGACUUUGAUGUCCUGCAACUUGUUGAUAUUGCAGACAGCAGAGAUCAGGUGUUUCCUGUGUUGGAUGGAUUCCAGGCGCUCAAAUCGAUUGUGAAUUCUAUUUUAAAGAAGUCCUGUGUAGAGAUCUUUAGCGUCGAGCCUUCCAGCGUUUGUGUGAACGAAUCUUUUAACAUUGUUCUCAGAGGGAGGGGCUUUACUCAGGGGCGGAGCUCCGAGGGCGUGGUCUGUACCAUCUCUGUGAAUCGACAUGAAGUCUACAAUGAAAAGGCGAGCGUUGUGAAGGACACUUAUGUGUUGUGUCCGGCUCCGCUGUUGACCGAAGUUGGACACUCAGCUGAAGUGUUGAUUAGCUUUAAUCAUGGACAUUCCUUCAUUUCAAGUCCGAUUACGAUCCACGCCACUACGUGUUCUAAUGGCGUGGUGGUGGCUGUGGUUCUCCUGGUUCUGCUAUUACUAGCGGCUCUGGUUCUGCUUUGGUGGUUCUGGCCACUCUGCUGCACCGUGGUCAUUAAAGAUCCUCCGCCCUCUCGACCUCCUCCUCCACCUCCUCCACUUAUCGAACCGGAAGAAGACUCUUUACAGAAGAAGAAAUGGCCCACUGUGGAUGCGUCAUAUUACGGAGGCAGAGGAGUCGGAGGGAUCAAACGCAUGGAGGUUCGUUGGGGAGAUAAAGGCUCCACUGAGGAAGGAGCACGACUGGAGAAAGCCAAAAACGCUGUGGUCACAAUGCCUGAAGAGGAGGAACUGCAGGAGCCCAUUGUAAAAUCUCCUCGCAGACCACCACCUCCACAUCCACCCCCGCCUCCAUCUAAAUGGUACACCCCGAUUAAGGGGCGCUUCGACGCUCUUGGAGCUUUACUACGGCGACAGUACGACCGAGUCGCUAUCAUGAGACCUACAGCACAUGACAAGGGUCGCUGCAUCAAGUUCACAAGGAUUCAGAAUCGCUAGUUCACUCACUUUGUGCCUUUUUGUUAUUAUUUUCUUCUUUUUCUUCACGAUUUUGUAGAAGCUCUGCCUUCAGAUGACUGUACAUGAUUUCUUUUUAGAUUUUUCUGUGACACUUUAAAGCUCUCUCUCAUUUUUAUUGGUCAGUCCUGCUGAUUUAAUGCACUUGUGCCUUAGUUUGACUUACUUUUGUGUAGCAUUUUACUACACAAGAACAGAAGUCAGAUUACACCUAACGAAUAUUUAUUAGUAAAAUAAAAACUUAGCAUCAUCCCAGACAAGGUCAUCAGUUAGAAAACUGAAUUUCUCCAGAUGAUGCUACAAUAUAAACAGAAAAACUCCGCACACAUGCUAUAUAACAUCGUUUCAUUUGCUGACUGUAAUGAAAAUAAAGGAUUUUUUUGGUCUGGA